AUGGACUUCAAGAAUGUGAAGGUGCCGAAGGUGCCGGGUGGCGGGGCGGCCUCUGCUCUGGCGAAGUUCGCCGUGUUCGCCGGUCUGGGCGUGUACGGCGUCGCGAACUCGAUCUACAACGUCGACGGUGGUCACCGUGCCAUUGUCUUCAACCGGAUCGGCGGGAUCAAGGACAAGGUGAGGAGAUGGCCUCUUCUUCUUUUCUCGAGUCUCUGUUUUUGAUCGUUAGCUUAUUGGUCCCCUUCUAUUUGUUGCUAAUGUGUACGCAUUUCUUGCCAGGUCUAUCCGGAAGGGACUCACUUGAUUAUUCCGUGGUUCGAGAGACCGAUCAUCUACGACGUCCGCGCACGACCGCACCUCGUCGAGAGCACUUCCGGGAGCCGCGAUCUGCAGAUGGUAAACUUCAUUUAGGCCUUCCCGUCAUGCGUGCAAGCUGUUGGCUAAUUAAUCUACACUCGCAGCAGUGGUGCAAACUCUGUGGCAUCCAUUUUUUUAUUGUUGAGAAGUCGAAAUAUUGGCAAGCAUGAUUCAUCUUGUUGUGUCGAUGAACUUUUUUUUUUUGCUUCUUUUCCUGAGCUGAUUUUUUUUGGGUACAGUGUUCUCUGCUCCGUCUUUAUAUAUUAUACUUUACUCUCGUCAGUUGAACAUGCUCUCUGCUCGAGGGGUCUGUCUCCCCUUUGAGAAAUGGAUCACAGAGUUAUGUUGAUUGGAUUCAACUGAAGAACAACUCAGCGAUAUUAUAUUAGAUGGUCACUUUCACUCGUUUUUCCAACUCAAUCGAGCGUGGGCUUCUCUUUUCUUCGGUCACAGUUUGUCCUUGAAUAUUCAAGAUUUGUUAGUUCCGCUUAGCACCAUGGAGAUGUAUCAUGCGUUCGUUCUGAUUUUAUUUCACAUUUCUAUUCUUCUAUCAUCUGGUUCAUAGUUUCCUCCCCAAAAAGAUAAUCAUUGUUUAGUGAAUAUUAGUGUAUUUCUAGUUCUCAUUAAUUCUAAAUCUUUAGAAUUACCAAGACCAUGUGUGCUCGCCCGCUGUGGCCAUGUCCCACAGGCCACAGUGGGGCUCUGACCCACUGUGCAUCAUGCCUUUGCUGUGCUUGAUUGAUUUUUUUAUCUUAUAAUAUUCCUUCAUUUAUUCGUUAUCCGUUCUACUAUCAUGCAGUUGGAGUCUAGAGAAUAAUACCAUCUAUCACAGAUAUAAGCAUCCCUGAAAUAGAUUUUUGACCUAAUCUAGAUUAAUGCCUGUUUUGGGGUUUCAACAGCUCAUAUCUCAUGGAAAUGUGGGUACUAUGUUACGGUAACUUAUGAAACUUAUUCAUCAAAUUUUUAAGGCUCUUCAUGAAGCACUUCCUGGUACCUUUGGCACUAGGGUGUUAUCUCUUCUCUUUCUUUCUAUCAAAUCUAAUAAGGGUUGGGUUCUUAUCCUACAAAAACCCUAGACAUGAACAUAUAGCUCAAUUUUGCCCGUUGACUUCACUUCCAACGGCGUACCGACUGUUCACUCGUCUUUACCUCUUUUUGCGAUUCCAUUGAAUUACCAUAUACUCAUUGAAUUCAUCCGAAUCACCUCAGUCGGAUCCAUGUUACUUUUCUCGGAAUGGAAAGAAGGUGAGAAAGAGUAAGAGGAGGAUUGAGGAUCUCCUUUUCAAGUUCUUUGUUUUUGUUCGAAGAGUAUGACUACUAUGAAUCUAUGUUUAUCUGCUUUCUAUAUAUGCAAAUAUGUGCAGAGGCUUGCACUUAUUUCCUUAUUAUCACUUGAAUUAUCCUUGAGAUAAUUCGUGUUAUGCUUAUGGACAGGUGAGAAUUGGCCUUCGAGUUCUCACUCGUCCUGUAGCUGAUCAGCUGCCUACUGUCUACCGAACACUCGGGGAGAACUACAAUGACAGGGUUCUGCCAUCGAUCAUCCACGAGACGCUCAAAGCAGUGGUGGCACAGUACAAUGCUAGCCAGCUCAUCACACAGAGAGAGGUACGAGCCCGAGUAGCAGAAUCAGUGUACAAAUCUCCUUGCAUGAUGCACUGCCUCAGAACGUUAAAGCCGAUGAGGUUAAUUAGUUUGGUGUUAUUGUUUGGCAGGCAGUGAGUCGAGAGAUCAGAAAGAUUCUCACCGAGAGAGCGACGCACUUCAACAUCGCCUUAGACGACGUGUCCAUCACAUCUCUGACUUUCGGUAAGGAGUUCACCAGUGCGAUUGAGGCCAAGCAAGUGGCGGCACAAGAUGCUGAGCGGGCAAAGUUCAUCGUGGAGAAGGCAGAACAGGAUAAGAAGAGUGCCAUCAUUAGAGCGCAGGUACUAUGAGCUUCCAUCUCGAGUAAAGUGAUCUCUAUCUCUAGUUACUCCCAUAACGAAGCUUUUUUGGCAGAUCUUGGCAGAUCUUGGUAAAACCAUAUGCCCACAUGAACAUAGAGCCAAAUCCAUUUUUAGGUAGCUAGAAACCUUAGAAAAAAUCCAUGGGUUAAUAGGUAGAAGCUAUGAACAUAGUGUGAAAGCUGGGAGCCUCUUCCAUUUUCUCAGAUUCUCACAAAACUCUUGGCUCUUAUCAAAGCUUCUAUAUGGGAGCGAGUCACUUGUGAUUCAUUCACCUUCAGACAUUAAUCGUUUCUCACAUGAUCUUGAUAUAUAUAUCAAGAGCUAAUGCUUGAUGAAUAGGCCUAGAAUGUGAUCCUGGCAGGUCUGUCUCUUGGCUUCUCAAGGUUUUUAAGCGUCUUAUGAAUGGUAUUAUGGUCCAAUAGGGAGAAGCCAAGAGUGCACAGCUCAUUGGCGAGGCAAUCGCCAACAACCCGGCCUUCAUCACUCUGAGAAAGAUCGAAGCAGCGAGGGAGAUCGCUCAGACCAUCUCGAACUCAUCCAAUCGGGUGUUCUUGAACUCCGACGACCUGCUGCUCAACCUUCAGGAGAUGGACUUGGACAGUGCAAAAUUCUCAAAGAAGUGA